CCAAUUUAACCGAGAUCCAAUUUCCUAUAUGAUUAGUGCGGGGUUCUUUCUUGUGGCUUGCUACACCUAUUGCGAGCCUGGCUUGUAUAUCGUAAUUGUGCCUGAGACUUUGAGCGAGCUCCGAUUCAAAGUCAUUCCUAGCAAAGAUUCGGGCUCUGUUCAGUGUGGAUCCACAAAUCCGCGCAUCUGUAAUAAUCACGUAAAAUGUGGAUGAAUAUACAAAUGAAAAUAAAAUAAAUUAAGAGAUAUGCGCACCACACACACACACACACGCGCGCGCGCGCACACACACACACACACAUCGCACAUACACGCGUGCGUACAUCUCGAGUGAUUAUCCAGUUUCGCGUAAGAAACGCGAUGAGAACUUCGCACUAGAGGUCAAUAAUCAUAUGUAUAUAUGAUUGUUGCAUGUCGGUUUUGUGCGUAUUACUUACAAUUAGUGCAUAUCCACUUGGACGGACCUUGACAUUUAUACCGAUAACAGUGGAGACAGCAAGGGGACGUAGAUGCAGAACGAAAACGUUGACGCAUAUGUACACGAUGCAAUAAAAUGUGAUUUCACAACGACGUCGCUUGAACGGAUUCCCGGACUUAGAUAAACGUCUGUCUGUCCUCCAGGAAACACGAUGUGCAGGAGCUAAAAUACGUCGCUCGUUUAUUCUUUAGACCACCACCCUCGAGUUGCGUUGUUCGAGUCAUGAUAUGCGCGAGAUAUCUCGCACCGUUUAAGAAUUGCUUCGAGGAAGGGCUUGGAACACCCCGCAGAAAUGGCAGAGACGCAAAGUGAUUGCAUAUACAAUUCAAUAAUCAUGUAUUACGAAGAACGGGCCAAGAAGUGCCAGACACUUUUACGUCACCCCAACGUUCGUACGUGUAUUCUCAAAUUUAAGGAGCAGCUUGCCCACAAUCCAUUUUUGCAAGUGGCCACGUUCAUCGCGAUAGCGUCGCUAUUGACACCCAUCCUCUUGUUUAUCAUAUUUGCCAUCAUCAGUGCUGUAUUUGUAUUUAUUGGUUUUAUGAUGGUUCAAGUGACAGUAUUGGCUAUUGGCGCGAGUAUUUUAAGCUGCGUACUUUUCUGCAUCGCAAGCACUAUUAUAAUGGUAGGAUUAUUUAUCCUCUUCGCCUAUUACACGUUAUAUUACACAAAUCAUGCGUUUAAUCUCUUGAUUUGUACGAAAACCUGAUAAUUGUGUAUAAAGACUGUUGUGUUCUUAAAUAUAAAAAGAAAAAAGAAUAAAAAAUGUUAUGAAUAUAAA